UCUGUUUUGUAACAGUAGCCGAUAAAUUUACGCUUCCAUCUAUUAGCCUAAAAGACGUUAAAAGCUAAGGGAUGUUACGGAACCCGUUCGUGUAAAUUUGACAUGUUCUUUUAAUUUGAGAUAACAUUGGUUUUUCAGCGUACUUUUAAAGUGUAGACGUUUAUAAAUACAAGUUCCAUGUAAAAUGUAUGUGAUUAACACUCUGCACACACAGAGUGCAACACCUGCAUGCUAUAUGUAUAUCUACUUUUUAACUUGAUAACGAAUUAUACACUUCAUUUCAUGUAGUAAAGGAGUCGAGUUUAAAUCUAAACUUAGUUACGGAAAUACAAUACUUUAAUUCACCAAAGGAUGGUAAUAGACAGAUGAGGAUCAAAUGUAUGAUGAAUAGCAUACGAAUGGUUUACUAUGAGUUUUAGAUGAAACAUUGUACAAUUAUUUUAUUUGAACACGCAAAAGGACAAAACUGAUUAUAUAUUUGACAUUUCAAUUUGGACUUAUACAGAUUAGGUUUUACCAGCCAUUGUCAAGCACUUGUCAUUAAAGAAUGAGUUAAAGACUGGAACCUGAAAAUAAUGAAUUUCAGCGAAGAUUACGGAUUUUUCAAUGGGACCAAUAAUCCAUGCUAUGUCGUCAUAAACUCCACUCAUGUCUACGAUAUAUGUGGUGAGCCACCGAUACGACCGUGUACACUUGGAAAUGAAUCGAAGAUAUACAGUAACUCAACAUUACUGGAAUAUAAUAACAGUGUAGUCAUCCGGACAUUAUUUCUCGUAAUACUGGUCCCUGCUAUUUUGGGUAUCAUCUUGACCAUUAUCGUUCUAAGUCGGAAACACAUGUGCACAUCGACAAAUUGUUAUCUCAUAUCACUUUCAGUGGCAGAUUUGGGCUUUCUUAUUUUACUGUCUACAAAAUGGCUAGAAACGGAAGUUUCGGACUAUUUAACUUUCGAUAUUUAUUAUAGAUACGCGCAAAUAUUUAUCGAUACAUUCCUAAUGGCUUCUAUUUGGAUUACUGUGAUGCUUGCGAUAGAACGAUACAUAGCUAUAUGUCACUCACUCAGAGCUAAUGUAAUAUGUACAGUAAGACGAGCCGUUAUAAUCAAUGCUGCUGUCUUCAUUAUUUCUUUUGCAUGCAGAAUUCCGAAUUUCUUCGAAUACAGUAUAAAAACGGGCUGGUCUGAAUAUGAUUGCAUAGAUAAAAAGUAUAUUGAUUGGACUCGACUUGGCAAAAACACUAACUACAAAAUAGUGUAUGCUUGGGUGUUUGACUGUAUCUUGUGUGCUACAGUUCCAUUUUUGGCACUAGUGUAUUUAAAUAUGAGACUGAUUCUGGAAAUUAGAAAAUCUACUCAUUACCUUAUGGAUACAUUAGGAAACGAUUGUAACCUUUCUAAUGUUCUAGGAAGAGAACAAAGACGUGUAACUCUCAUGUUGAUCAGUAUAGUUAUAGUGUUCUUUAUUUGUCAAGCACCAUACGUCAGCAUUUCAGCUUACCAGAGUAUCAAACGUUACAGCAUGGCAGGUUUAACCUUCCAUGCCAUCAACACGGGCCGUGAUAUAACUAUAUUUUUGUUAGCGUUCAAAUCUGCGCUGAACUUUAUUCUUUAUUGUUGGUUCAGUGAGAAAUUUUGGGAUACGUUUAAGAAAGAACUAUGCAGGAAAGUGUGUAUCUUUUUUAAACGGAAUCGAGAUAUGUUCAGCAGCAGGACUAACUCGGAUACCCAUCAUAACUCUACACACAACAAAUCGUUGCGUAAAAGUUCAGCUCCUGCAGUUAAAGAGGUGUCUGUGCAAAUGAGAGAUGUCCAGUCUUAGAUUUGGUUAAUGUAGCAUUAUAUAUAUAUAUAUUAUAAAUGACUCGUGAACACUUUUAAAAUAGUCUUAAAUGCAUUUGGUAAGGAUUUUCUAAAAGGGAAAUAUGCAUUUAUUGUCCUCUGUAAAACAUCGACGUAGUCCUCGCAAACUGAAGAAUUGGUCAAAUUUGAUUGGUUGUUUUCAAUAAUAAACAAUUUCAUCCCUAUAUUCACCUGAUCGUAAACACUCUUCAAUGAAAGUGGUUCAUUUCCAUUACGAUUUAUUCUACAAUAAUUUCAUUUUUAAAUACUUUCUCUUAGUCUCAAUAUAUAUAGGCAUUCUGAUGAAGAAGAAAUAUUUGACUGAUGACAAAAUGGCGGAGUCCCAUUUUUUAAUUUGUAGCAAAUUGAAUUUAUUUGACAUUAACAUUUAGCUUUUAGAUUACAGAUUUUAUAAAUUUACGACCAGAAAAACAAUUUACAA